AUGUCGGCGCCACGCAGAAGCACCCGUGAGAGGGAGGUCCGGUACGAAGUGCAGCCGGACAUGAACGAGGAUCCCGGCAGUGAGUCGCCGCAGCACGAGGCAGAGGAGGAAGAGGAAGAGAUCGAGUCGGAGGCUGGCGAUGCUGUGAUUCAGCAGGAGCCCAGCGAGAACGCUGAAGCCACAUCUCGCGGAGAAAACGCUCUGGUGGCCAAGUAUGGCUCUUUGUACGCUGCAGUGGAUGACAAGCAGCGCCGCAAGGAGCUGUACGACGGCCACUACCAAGACUUCCUCGUCCAGUCCGAGCCAAACAAGCUGAAGUCGGAACAUCUCGCCCAACGCAAGAAGAUGUGGGCUGAUGGCCGCGAGCGCAUCGCUGGUGAGAUCGACGAACUGGAAGCGAAGAUUGGUCGGCUCCGGGCGAAGCAGGAGCAGAUGGAUGUGGCGGAGGCAGAGUUGGAGGAGAAGAUCGGGGAGGACGCGGAGAAGUGGGAGGAUGACAAGGUGAAGUUGGCCGAGUGGAAGGCCUUCUUCGACCUGGAGACAGAUAAGGUAGACGUUUGA